AUGAAUGAGGAAUUAAUGGAAGAUUUAUAUGCCUGGGUUGACAAGAUUCCCCUCUCCAGGCCCAAAAAAGAUUUAAAGAGGGAUUUCUCUGAUGGGGUUUUGGUUGCAGAAGUGGUCAAGCACUUUUUUCCAACAUUUGUUGAUUUACACAACUACCCUUCAGCACUUGGAGUUAAUAACAAAAUGACCAACUGGAAGAUUUUAAACAGGAAAGUUUUCCGUAAACUUAAAUUUGAGAUAAGUGAAGAUGUGAUAAGGAGUGUUGUAACAUGCCAGCCAAAUUCCAUUCAACAGUUUUUGUUGCUCCUCAGAUGUAAGAUUGAAAGCCUCUUAAACUCAUCAGACAUGCCAGAAGCUGAUCAGCAGCACAAUCAGGAUCAAUUUGUAGCAUUGAACGGAAUAAAAGUUGAUACUGAAAUUGAAUCUAGCCUGAUGCCGGAAAGCACUAGCAAGCAGGAGGCUCAGAUGAGAGGAGUCAACCACAUGGAAAUCAUCAGCAGUCUUCAGAAACUUCUCAUCAGCAAAGAGAUUGAUUUGGUAUCAAAAGAAGAGACGAUCGAUAUACUCAGGGCAAAGGUGAAGAAAUUAGAAAAUUUAUUAGAUUUAAAAGACAUUCGCAUAAAUGAUUCACCGCAGCAAAAAGUUGCUGACCUGAAAAACUAG